AGCACUUCCGGGUCAGAGGGCGCGGGGCUAAGCCCACGCGGGAGCGGCGGAGGCGGCGGCGGCAGUAGACGAAAAUGACGUCCUUAGCUCACCAGCUGAAGCGCCUCGCGGUGCCGCAGACCGACUCCACCCUCUUCUCGCGACACGAGGUGGCCUCUCUGUUGUUCGAAUCCAAGGAAGCCGCGACCGUCGACCGAGACACUUUCUUUGCCAUUGGCUGCAACGGCAUCGAAGAGCUCCUCGGGAUCGAUUCUUCCUUCGAGCAGUUCGAGGCCACGCUGUUCAGCCAGGUGGCCAAGAACCUGGAGCGCAGCGUUCAGACCCAGGCCGUGAACAACCAGCUGGAUGAAAACAUCGGCUUGUUCCUCAUCCACCUGUCGCCUUAUUUCAUGCUCAAGCCAGCCCAGAAAUGCCUGGAGUGGUUGAUUCACAGAUUUCACAUCCAUCUUUACAACCAGGACAGUCUGAUCGGCUGUGUCCUGCCCUACCAUGAGACGAAAAUAUUUGUGCGGGUCAUACAGCUUUUAAAAAUCAGCAACCCGACGCACAGAUGGAACUGGAUGGAGCCGGUGAAGAAUUCCGGAAUCCCCCUGGCCAAGGGGACUUUAAUUACCCACUGCUACAGAGAUCUUGGGUUCAUGGACUUCGUCUGUAGCCUGGUGGCCAAGUCGGUGAAGGUGUUAGCGGAGGAUCCCCAGCACACGGCUCAGUUGCGGGUACUUCUGGCCUUCUACGCCUCCACCGUCGUGUCCGCCCUGGCGUCCGCCGAUUCCGUAUCAGACUCCACCGUCGCCAAGCUGCUCCCCUUCAUCCAAAAGGGCUUGAAAUCCUCCACUGCAGAUUACAGAGCCGCCACCUACAUGAUCGUCUGCCAGCUCUCGGUGAAGGUGCCGUUGGAGGCGACGGUGGUGCACUCCCUGGCCCUGCAGAUCAGCAAAACCUUGGCCAAGAUCCCCUCCCUCGUCAAGGACGGGCUCUGUUGCCUGGUGGUGCUUCUGCAGAGGCAGAAGACGGACGGGCUGGGGAAGAAGCCUUUCAACUACCUGUGUAGCGUUCCCGACCUCGUCCCGACCCUGCGGGAGAUGGCGACGGCCUUCGACAUCUCUCCUCUCCUGCGAUACGUGCUGCCCAUCCUGAUCGGCACCACCUACCGCCACGCCGCCGGAGAAGACUCCAAAGAGGUGGACGGCCAGAGCGACCCCGAAUAUCUAGAAGCAAUACUGAAAGAAAUACCACUGGAAAACAACCUGGACCGUUUGGUAGCCAGCGCUCUUCUAGAAGAGUUUAUCUCCUACGGUUCCGAGAAGAUGGGCGCAAAGAAAGUCGCUACGUUCGACAGACGGCUUCUUCCCCUCGUCAGACUCUUCGAGAGCAAGUACUCUGGGGCGCUGGACUGGGUCUUAGAGAAGCACCUGAAGGAAAUGAGCGACGACGCAAGCAAGCGGAACUGUUUCCACCGGUUUAUCUCUCUCUCCACCGGCGGGGGCAAAUAUCAGAUCGUGGCAGACUCGGCCACCUCCCUGCUGCUCAGCCUCAACCAUCCCUUGGCCACCGUGAGGUUGCUGGCCGUGAAGCAUCUCCGGAGCAUCGCCAAGACGUCCAAGGAGAGCAUCGACGACUCCUUCGUCAGGGAGGCCAUCCUGGCUCGCCUGGGGGACGACAACUUAAAAGUGGUUCUGUCGGCACUGAACGCCUUUAAGGAAUUUAAGGAGCAGUUUAGUCCCGAAGCCACCGUUUCCAGCCUCCUGGGCGUCUUCCAGAGAGCGGAACAAGCGGAGGUCGGGGAAUGGUACGAGAUCCUCGAGUUGGCCGGCAGCAUUUUGGUCAAAGAAGGGAUUCUGAGCCGAGACGCUCCGGCCCCCAACCCGGUGGUGGUCCGCCUGCUCCCUUUCAUGAUCCUGACCAGCUCCGACCCCAGCUCCCCGGAACGGAGACUGGCCUUCCAGCUAGCCGGAUCGGGCAUCUGCUCCCUGCACCCGUUACUCGAAGGCUGGCAAGAAGCUCUCGAGCACGUGCUGAAGACCUCCAGGCCAACGGAGUCGGUGGGCGCGGCCAACCGGAAGAUGGUCCAGCUGCUGGCCGGCAACAUCAGCUCGGGAGACCGCUCUUGGAUGCUGCAGCUGGUGGAAGAUCUGAUUAGCGUUGCCGAGCAGGAGGUCUACGCAGUGAAGCAGAAAAUGACCUCGACCGUGGUCACUUGGGUGCUGGUCGGCUGCUGCUGCUCUUCACGAAAGGAAACCCACUUUCCCUUCGCCCGGAGAGUCCUCGGUCUGCUGGAGAAGAAGAUGAAGCAGCUUGAACACAUCGUGUCCGCGCUGGAAAUCGCCCCCGAGUGGUACUCCGAGUUGACGUCCGACAGCCAGGUGCCGGUGGGGAUGUGGUCCGGCUACCUCGACGGGCUCCGCGAGGGUCAGGUGGUGGCGGCGGAAGACUCGGCGAUGGUCCUGUUCAUGCUGAGGAGCUUUGUGUUGGCCCUGAAGCCUCCGCGGUCGUUCCCCAGAGGCGAGCCGUGGUGGGAUCCGGAGCGCCUGAGCCAAGACGGCCGAGACUACCUACGCAUACUCGUGGGGCUGUUCGAGGUCCUGCUCGGGGGCGGCGGCGCCGUCCACUUCCGACUGCUGAUGCGCCUCUUCCUCAAGGAACACCUGGAGGACUCGGCCGAGCUGUUCACGUUCCUCUCCACCCUGUGGACCUACCGCUGCAGCCUCUCCGACCCGCUGCACUGCUCCGUCAGCGCGGUGCUGCAGGUGCGGGCGCUGUACGCCGGGGGGGCCGUGCUGGCAUCGCAGACGGCCCAGAGGAAAAAGCAGCUGGCGUCCGCCUCCUCUCCAGUGGUGGUGUCCUUGCUGAUCAAUUUGGGCAGCCCCAUCAAGGAGGUGCGGAGGGCCGCCAUUCACUGCCUCGAGUACCUCGACGGAGAGAAGGGGUCUCCGUUCCACGCGGUCGUCCGUCACGUGGUCCAGAAAGCUGAGGAGAUCGUCUCAGAUGCCACCUAUAUCGUCCAGGAUCUGGAGAGCCUCUUCACAGAGCAGCAGGCGGAAAAUCAGCAGAAAUCUCCCCAGAAGCUGUCCGGCCCCCUCAAUCACCUGCUGUCUUGCGUCCACGCCCCCGGCUGUCCGUCCUACAUUGUGAAGAGCCUGUUGAAAAUCCUCCAGGGAGUCAAUAGCGAGGCGGUGCUGUGCCAGCUGCUGCCCACCCUGGACCGGCUGCUGGAGAAGGCGCGGACGGAGCCGGCCGCCGUGCCGGCGGACGAGGCGGCCGUCCUGCAGCUGGCCCUGGCCAAGUUCAACGAGCAUUCGGCCCCGCUCCUCCGCAAGGACCCGCGGAGCCUAGAGCUGUUCGUCAAGGCGGUGCAGACCCCCCAGCAGCCCCGCAAGGGGACCCCCGCCCCCCAGCUCACCGCGCUCGGCCAGAUGACGAAGCCGUUCUUCGCCGCGGUGUCGGACGAGAAGAUUCAGCAGAAGCUGUUGGGCGUGCUCUUCGAUUUACUGUUGAACUGCAAGAGCCCCGUCUGCGCCCAGACCGUCGGCAACGUUUUCAAAGGGAUUUCCGUCAACGCCAAGCAGAUCAGCCUGGAGCUGGAGCUGCCGGACAAGAGCAGGGCCCCGGGGACCGUCCAGCAGGCCAGGAGACAGAAGAUGCAGCAGAAGAAGUCGCCGGACCCGGAGGCGGUCCAGGAGGUCGGCAGCGUCUCCUGGCAGAGGGUGACGCUCAUCUUGGAGCUGCUGCAGCACAAGAAGAAGCUUCAGAGUCCCCAGGCCCUGGUGCCGGCCCUCUUCAACCUCCUCUCCAGGUUCUUGGAGCUUUUGCCGGUGGAGCAGAGAAACCUGGAGUACACCAAGCAGCUGAUCCUGAGCUGCCUGCUCAGCAUCUGCCAGAAGCUGUCCCCGGACGGGGCCCGGAUCCCCAAAGACGUCCUCGACGAAGAGAAAUUCAACGUGGAGCUGAUCGUCCAGUGCGUGCGGCUGUCGGAGAUGCCACAGACGCACCACCACGCCCUCCUGCUCCUCGGGACCGCCGCCACCAUCUUCCCGGAUAAAGUUCUGCACAACAUCAUGCCCAUUUUCACCUUCAUGGGAGCCAACGUCAUGCGCCUCGACGACUCGUACAGCUUCCAGGUCAUCAACAAGACGGUGGAGAUGGUCAUUCCGGCUCUCAUUCAGGCGGACAAGAGGGGCUCGGGGGCCAUCCGGGGGAACCUGGAAGAGAUGGUGGUGAAGAUCAUGAACGUGUUCGUGGACGCCCUGCCCCACGUGCCCGAGCACCGGCGCCUGCCCAUCCUGGUGCAGCUGGUGAACACCCUGGGCGCCGACAGGUUCCUCUGGGCCCUCCUCGCGCUGCUCUUCGAGCAGUACGUGACCAAGACCGUGCUGGUGGCCGCCACCAGAGAGAAGGACACCGUCCUGGAGGCGGACACCGAAUUCUGGAUUUCCAUCUGCUGUAAAUUCAGGGCCGGGCAACAGAUCCAGAGCCUGCUGAACAUUCUCCAGUACCUCACGAAACUGCCGGAGAAUAAAGAGGAAGAGGAGCCCAAAAAGACAAGAUUCCACAAGGCCAAAAGCCAGGCACCGGCCGUGCAGAUCUUCAACGUGGAAACCCACACCAGCAAGCAGCUCCGGCACUUCAAGUUCCUGUCGCUGUCCUUCAUGACGCAGCUCCUCGCCUCCCAGGACUUCAUCGCCAAGGUGGCCGAAUCCGGUUACACCAGACGAGUAAAACGUCUUGAACGGAGGUUCUUAGAAGAAGUUCUCUGUUACAUCAACACGGUGGUCCGCUCCGUGGAGAACAACCAAGACAAGCUGACGGCCAAGUUUUGGCGGGCUCUGCUCAGCAAGGCCUACGACCUGUUGGACAAGGCCAACGCCCUGUUGCCUCUGAAGACCUUCCUGCCCAUGAUUAAAGGGCUGAUGGUGAACAAGCUGCCUUCGGUGCGGCGAAAAGCAAUGGAACUCUUGAAUAACCAGCUGCACCUGCGCCCCAGAUGGUCGAAGGACCAGGUGGAGCUCCUGUUGAAAUUGAUCCCGCACCUCCUAGCCAUCGCGGCGCGGAAGACCGGAGCGGAGGAGGAGGAGGAACAGGCCAUCAACAGGCAGACGGCGCUCUACAGCCUGAAGCUCCUGUGCCGGAGCCUGGGGCCCGAAAACACCAAGUCCUUCGUCCCCGUGCUGGACGCGGUGAUCAGGCUGAUCGCCCAGGAGGGGAAGGAGGAGAGGAACGUGCUGGGCAGCGCGCUGCUCUGCGUGGCCGAGGUCACCUGCACCCUGGGCGCCCUGGCCAUCCCGCAGCUCCCCAGCCUGAUGCCCACGCUGCUGAAGACCCUGGAGCGGUCCGAGGAGCCGGUCUCGAGCGAGGUGUACCUGCUGAGCGCCGUGACGGCCCUCCAGAAGGUCGUCGAGGCCCUCCCGCAAUUCCUCAGCCCCUACCUGCGCGGGAUCCUCUUCCAGGUGGUGCGUGUGAAGAAGAUUACGGAGGGCCUGAGCCCGGCCUCCCAAGCCCACCAGCGCGUACUGGCCCUGGAGGCGGCGCUGGCCACCACUCUGUCGUCCCGGGUCUUCCUGGCCGCCGUCACCGAGUGCUACGAGGAGCUGGAGCAGAAGCGGAAGAGCGGCCUCGGCCCGCUGAUGGGCAUCCUGCAGGAGCACAUCGCCGUCAUGGAGAAGAUCCAGCUCUACUCCCACCAGUCCCAGCUGACCUCCUUCUUCUUGAAAGCCCUGGACUUCCGCGCGAAGCACCCCGAGGAUGACCUGGAGGAGGUGGGGAAAACGGAGGGGGACGUCAUCGGCUGCCUCGUCGCCAUGGUGAUCAAACUCUCCGAAGUCAACUUCCGGCCCCUCUUCUUCAAGCUGUUCGACUGGUCCAAGACGACGCACGCCUCGAAGGACCGGCUGCUGACCUUCUCCCGGCUGGCGGACCGCCUCGCCGACAAGCUCAAGGGGCUCUUCGGCCUGUUCGCCGGCCACCUGGUCAAGCCGUUGGCCGACGCGCUGCACCAGGUCCACCUCUCCAAGACGGAGGAGCCGUUCUUCGACGCCCGGAACCCCGAGAAGAGCUGCCUGCUGCUGCGGUACGUCCUCGGCUGCCUGCACAAGAUCUUCCUCUACGACACCCAGCGCUUCGUGAGCAAAGAGCGGGCCGAGGCCCUGAUGAUGCCCCUGGUAGACCAGCUCGAGAACCUGAUGGGAGGCGAGGAGGCGUUCCAGGAGAGGGUGGCCACCCGCGUCAUCCCCUGCCUCGCUCAGUUUGCCGUGGCCAUGGCCGACGACUCGCUCUGGAAGCCCCUCAACUACCAGAUCCUGCUGAAGAUGCGGCACGCGGCCCCGAAGGUGCGGUUCGCCGCCCUGUUGGCCGUGCUGGAGCUGGCCGAGAAGCUGCGGGAAAACUACGUGGUGCUGCUCCCCGAGUCCAUCCCCUUCCUGGCCGAGCUCAUGGAAGACGAGUGCGAAGAAGUAGAACAUCAGUGCCAGAAGACCAUCCAGAGGUUGGAGAUCAUCCUGGGAGAGCCGCUACAGAGCUACUUCUAGCCCCUAAGAGACAUGUCCAAAAACCCAGAAAAGCGAAAUUCCUCCGCUCGGGCCGGCGGCCUCGUCUCCCCCACCCGCGAGCGCCGGCGGGGAGGGCUCGGCGGCCGCCGUGGAGAACGACCCCGCGGGAGCGGGACCCAGCGCGAGGGGACGCCCGUUUCCUCAAGUCAGCGGGAGGCCCGCCCGGCGAGGGGGUCCCGGCGAGCGGCCGUGGGCCCGCCCGGUUGCCGGACCGGCCCCCUUGCCCCGGCCGAGACCCCGGCCGCGUCGGCGCGCCCAGGUCGGCUCCCUGGGGACGCGGGGUCCGCCUCCUUCCGGAGGACGUGAACGGACGGUUCCCGGGUCCCCGCCCGGGUUCCCCGCGGACACGCGCCCCGGCGGGGCUCGGGUCAGUCACGGCCUUCGGGGAUCUGUGGCAAGACUGCGGCAAGGGACCGUGUCCCCCUCCGCCCAAGACGGAGCCCCGCCCCGUUUCAGGUCCGAGCGGCUCCGAAGGCAGGCCCCAUCCCGCAGCCCCGCGGGGACCGGGUUCCGGAAAACCUUCCCCGACCGACCGGGCCGCCUCGCUCUCCUGGCCCUCUCCCCGUCUGCGAUUCGAAGAGCGGACACCGGCUUCCCUCCGCCUUUUAGGCUCGCUUCUUUAUAUUCCCAAAGCCAGCCGCGCCGUCGAACCGACUCCGCCACCCUCCCAAGGAAGGACAGUCUAGCCGACGGCGGCGAUCUCUCUAGGGUUUUAUUUUUGACAGUGAGUGCUCCGGGAAGGGUCAGUGCUGACAGGUCUUCCCCGGACCGGAUCCGUGGGACAUUCCGCAGGCGAGCCAGCAGCGAGAGAGCGACGCGACGGAGGGACGUCGUCCGCGCCGCGCGCGUCUUUUAUACGCGAGGCCUCCGCUGUGCCGUUUUAGGCGCCGGCUUCCCGUCCCGCGGGGCCUCGCCGCUCGGACCCCCGCCCGCUCGGCGGACGAGCGAGUUACCCCGGUCCCGGGGGCGGGCCGCCUGGAUCCGCGGGGGGCUGGGGGAGCGCGGCGUCUCGGGGGCAUUAAAGAGAGUCGUGGCCGUC